UCGUUAGAGGAGAAGAUCAUGUGACCAAACCGAAACCAUUAUGGCGGCCACCGUACAGGGAUCUCUUCCACCGUGGGCUGCUGUGUGGCCUCGGCUUGCUGCAGCAGGUGUGGGAGGGCUGUGGCAUUGCAGUCAGCCUGGUGCUCUACCUGGUCAACACGGUGGUCAACCUGCUGCUCAUCGGGACACAGAACGUAUACUCUGUUGUAGUCAGCAUGUGGGAAGCGGUCUCCUACCCACUGCAGAAGGCUAUGGAGCUCACCCUCACACUCUUCACCUUCCUCUACAGCAGCCUGGUCGGCACCUCAAUCGUACUCUGGACUCCCGUCAGGCUAGCCCUGGAGUUCCUAGGCUUGCUCGGACACAUUUUCGUCAGCGUCUUCCUCCUGAACAUUUAUGGCCUCAUUCUCACGGCUGCCAUUGUUGUCACUGCCACAAUCUACAUGAACCCUGAGUUGACCCGUCUUGGAGCCCGCCACGCCGUCGGUUACUUCAACUCUUUCCCCACCCUGCAGGUCCUACAGAGGGUGCUCCAUCGCCUUUGCAUGCUGGGGAGGGGCGUGUGGCAGAGGCUUCAGCGGCAGGCCAGCCUCCUAUACCAAACGAUAACACCAGUCUACAGGAACAUCAGAGUGAGGGGUGAGGGCCACACCAGGCAACCUGAACCUAGUGACAGAGAACAGAGGGCUCUACCGGACGGUAGGGCAGGAGACACUGCACCACGCGCUGAACGCGCUGCUCGGCCUCGCCAGCUAAUGGAUGACCUGUGGGACCUAGCAUUCCCCAGCUCUAGCGGCACAUACAGACCUAUACAGAAACAUAAGCUCUCCUCAGAGGAGGGGGGCACCAGCUCCAAGGGUCCCCCAAAGGACAGCCUACUGACUCUGCUCCAGGAGCAGGAAGAGAGGAAGAAGUGCAUAAUCUGCCAGGACAGUACUAAGACAGUGGUGCUGCUGCCUUGCCGCCACCUGUGUUUGUGUCGGGACUGUACCAACAUAUUGCUGCGCCAGCCCAUCUACCAGCAGAACUGUCCGCUCUGCCGCCAUAUGAUCCUUAAUACCAUGGAUGUGUAUCUGUGAGGGACCGAACGAGGGAGGGGCGUGUGGCCCAGAGCGCUGCAUUGUUAACGUGUUGAAUCUCAGGUUUCGAACGUGCAGAGACUUUAGGCUACAUCUACACUAGCAGUACAUUGCAGCUCAGGCAUACUGCUAUCCAAGUCCAGUCCACUGUGCUUGAAUUGCUUGUCGCCCAUGGCUGAUGUCUUAAAUGAUGCCUGUGUUUUGUUCAGACAACCAUGGCAAUGCUUGCCUACAUUUAUUUUUAUACUUGCUUGUUCAUAUUACUGAACACUUCAUGGUCAUUCCAAACUGUAUGUGGUGUGUGAACUUAAAGGAAUGUUUGCUGUGUAGCAGUUCAUUUCCUUUAUUCAGCAUAGGUUCAGUUUGAACGCAUUCAAUGGAAGUUUAAAGCGCAGGCGUCAGUACAGUACGAAAUGUUAUCGUAAGAACAUAUUUUGUAGCCUAUGCUUAGAUUUAAAUGGUGACAACCUCUCAUAUGCAAUUUGUCAAUAGCCAAUAUUGUUCCAAGCAGUUAUUCAGGGACCUGUAAAAAGUGUGAAAUUAUUUUCUAUUGUGGGAUCGGGGGUUAAUUUCAUAAGCUAUGGUUGUCUAAAAAAAUAUCAGUGUCAAGAGAAAUUAUUUACCAGAUCUAUGUCUUGUUAUAUUACACAGGUUUGUUUUGUUCUAAUGAUUAUGCCAUAAUUUGGAUCACUGUAGUGUAGCCAGUUCUUUCCACUAUGCUGACAUAUGAAUGCUACCUAAUUUAUGCUCCACACAAGGUAUAUUUUCCUUUUAUAGUUAUUGUAAUGUUUUUGUCUUGUGAUCAAACAUUGACAUGCUGUUAAAAAUGACCACCUAGUCAGUAAUGGCUUCAUAAUUCCUUGUUUCAAUUUUUUUUCUCUUUGCUCAAAAUAAGUAUUGAGCAAAGCUCUGUGAAAUGCCAUGUUACACAAACUGCAAAUGGUUAUUGAAUUAGGCCCGUUUAAGUGACAAUAAAAGGCAUAUUUGAUAUGCCUUUUUUUUGGACCAAGGUUUCAUAAAUACAUCUUGGAUAGGCUCUGCCCGUAAGAUUUUUUUGGGGUCAAACAUGACGGAGUGACUUUAAUAUUGUGACAGACAACCUCGAACGUGAACCACACUGAUGUCCUUCUGUGGUUGUUUUAGUCUCAUUGACAUUGUGUAGCCUACAAUCAUUUCCUAAUGUCUUUAUUCCAAUUAGAAUUCUUAACAUUUCUGUUAUUUCAACAGGUUCUGUAAUCACUCAUUCAAUAAUUUUGCCCUUUAUCCCUUUUAUCUAGUACCAAACCAACUAUUUUCAAGCAGCCUACCAUUUUCUUAACAGACCCAUUUUCUUUAUUUUUAUAGUAAUUAUGAAACCAACAAUUGUCUAUGAUGUGACAUCUUGAUAAAAAUCUGGAGAGAAAAAAGUUGGGCCCAUGAAUUGUCUAUGACGUGACAUUGUAUUGAAACUAAUCUAUGAAAAUAGAUGGGCAUAUAUUUUAGUCCAGAGUAAAUCCUAGGUUAUAUUCUGAGUUGACCUCUUUUCCUGUCAGGUUUCCCCAAAGGCCUUUAUUCAUUGCGUGACAUUCCUUUCUACAGAUACAGUGGACUCUUAUCACAGACCACACAUGUGGCCAUUCACACAGCUUAUUUUAUCUAGGAAGACUGACCUGUGUAUCCGGGGGACAUGAAAGGUAGCUGGUUCGAAUCCCGAGCUGACUAGGUGAAAAAUCUGUCUGUGCCUUUUAGCAAGGCACUUAACCCUUAUUGUUCCUGUAAGUCUCUGAAUAAGAGUCCGCUAAAUGACUUAAUUGUAAGCAUGUAUUUUGUUUUAUAAAGGUUUAUGAAUGUGGCCAGACUCACUAAUGCGAAUGACAAAUGUCUGUGAGACAAUAAACAAACAUAUCUUGGUACUGUU